AUGUCGACCCCUGCCUCUCCUGCGGCCUCUGGCCGCUCCGCCUCUUCCUCCACGGACCCUGCGGCCUACAGCCUGACCUUCCUCGGCCCCUUCGAGCCGACCAUCGUCCCGGCCCCGGUGCCGGCGACCUUCUUCAAGGACUUCUACCCCCAUUUGACCACCACCAUGACUGGCCUCGAUGGCCAGUGCGAGGAUCAAGUCCCGGAGGAGCAGCGCCAGUAUGCGUCGCUGGUGCAGCCGCUGUUCCGGCCGCACUCGCCGCCCGAGGACGUUGACAGCCCGCUCGAUGUCACCAAUGAGGAUCAGUUUGCGCCUGGCACUCUGGUUCGCCGGCUGCGCUCCCUCUUCCGCGAGUACUCCAUCAACACGGACUACCUGCAUGGCAAGGCUCCGGCUGAGACCCCGGCCAUCCUGAACCUCCGGUCGUCGGCCGCCGCCAGCGAGACCUUCCGUUUGGUGGUCGACGGCCCGAAGAUCCUGGUUCGCCUGUCCUUCCUGGAGGUGACCAACGACAUCAAGGUUGACAUCUCUGCCGACGGGACCUUCCUCCGGGUGUCCAUCAACGACCAGCCGCCGCUGAUCAGCGGCCGGACCUUCCUUCCCAUCUGCCCGGAGAAGACCCGCUGGUCCUAUGUCCACAGCAAGAGCCUGACUUUCGCCAUCCUGGAGCUGGCCAUCAAGGACCUGGCCCCGGAGGCCGAAAGCAUGCCCGCUUCGGAUGACCCCCUGGCCGACCGCCUGUACCAUGCGGCCCUGGCCAAGUUCAAGGCUCACAACCUGCCGAAGGACACCGAUUCCAGCUCGGAUUCCAGCGGUUCCGACUCCUCUGGCGAGCAGAUUGACGAGGUGAUCAACUCCCCGGAUGCCGAGAAGAUCUCCAAGGCCUCGGCCGAGGCUGCCGGCGCCCAGCCCGACAAGUCCCUGCCGUACCUCAUGCGCCCGGGCUUCCUGGAC